AGCAAGGUACCACAGCGUAGCGGUCCACACCGCACACACCGACCCGCACAUCAACGUAUAGAUAUUUGCUCUCUUUACUAUUGUUAGUAUUAUUAUUUGUUCUGGGGAGAGGGAGAGAGAGAGGAUAAUUUGGCCUGUGUCAAGUUCACAGCUGUGACCACUUCUCCCGCGCGUACGUUGAAGAAGACGGAGCGCACGUGUGUACGUGUGUGCGUGUGGGAUGGCUUGCGGCUGCUCAUUCUCUUUUUCGUGAAGUCGCCUAUCGGUGUAAUUGGGCCUUGCUGCGGUCCGCCGCGUCACUGCCGCCGCCAUCGUUUUUCCUUUGUACUACUGCGAUUUGACUUUUUUAAAUACCCCCCUUUUCCCCCUUUUCUCUCACUCUCUCUCUUUCGGGUCUCUUCGUCGUUGCUGCGGUGGUUGCGUGCGUGUGUGAUGCACGGCAACUCAGCUAUUCAUUCUGGUCCCUCGCUGCUGCAGCACCGCGAGUACUUCUGCACCUUCGCUGUGGCGUUGCGUACUGCUCUCGUCUGUUCUGUUCUUUUCCUUUCUCCUUUGUCUCGACAGCAUUCCUCCUCCUUUUGUAUUCCUCUGCCUUUGCGGACACGGCCGGUGGUCGUUUGCACGUAAAGCUUAAGCACGCACACAGUAAACAAAACAAAGGGGAACUUGCCGUUCCGUAAGGCUUAGCGGCUGAACUCACCGCUGCUCCCACAUACCCUCUCUUCACGUUGGUGCCAGCGACAGGAAGAAGGCACCGCUGCCUUCGCCGAUCGAAACACACACACACACCAAAGCAGGAAGGCGCGAUACAUAGAACAUCACGUGACGCUUGUGAAACCUUUUCUAUUCAUGUCUUCACGAAGCGGGCGUGACAUCAUAUACACGUUCUCUCUCUUGAUUGUCAGAACACACAUCUGGAAUAGGUGAGUUAACCUGCGUGCUCCUGCUGUUGUACGGACACACCGUUGACACAGCGGUGCAGCUCUUCUUUAUUAAGGUUGACAUUAUCGUUCAUAUUACCCUUGUGCGCGUGGUUUUGGAAAAAGGCAGGAAAACAAAGAAAGAACACACACCCGCAUACAGGGAGUCGUUCUUGCUUUGCGGAUGAGUCAUGGCAAGCGCAUGCUGGAGGCGCAAGCGCAGAAGGAGCGCUCCUCGACCACGCGCGACGACGGCCGCGUAGACGACGGACACCUGCGCAACACCAACCGGGCGUUCAAUAACGACGGUACCCCGGUGCGGUCCGGCCAGCGCGGCGCCGGCGGCAGCAGUGGACGACGAAGUGGAGAGGAGGGCGAGGGAGCCGCACUGGAUGCGCAGGGGCGUCACCUCGAUCCGUCACCGCCGCCGCGACCGGGUAUGCAGCCGAGUCGCGAAGAAGGCGGCACGCGCCGUAGGAGUGAGCAAAGAAGUGUGCGGAAGAGCCUUUCCACCCCGCAAGUCAGCCUCGGACAAGCGCAGAGGGUCGGCGCAGGUACACCUGAGGAAAACAGUCGUGGGCGGCGCCAGGGGGAGGCGGAGGCGGAGACGGAACAGCGAGGGACUGCACGGCAGAUCGACGUCGACGCCGACGCACUCUCCGGCAGCGACGACGACGAUGCGAGGGAGGCUCCUGAAGCGCUUACAGCAGGAGGACGCAUCCCAGAAAAAGAGUUCUCGAGAGCAGCACGUCCGUCGGGGUUUGAGGGACGUAGGAGUCGUGAGAGAAACGAAGCCCAACCGAAUCCGUGGUCGUCGCAGGAAGGCGAAGGAAGGAAGCGUGGCAGCGGCUCUGCGUCCCAGGGCGGCAGCGCACCCCGCUACCCGGCAGACCGCAUACACCUACAGGACGCCAGGACGGCGGUCUCCCCACCCCGGCCAGCGUCUUCAUCGCCGCCCAACACGGGAGACAGCAGCUGGACUCCACCGGUCACUUCACGGCCGACGGCGCCGCCUCCACCGCCUCUGACGGUGACAGCGACCGGCUCGGCAUCUUCGCGGUCCUCUGCCUCCUGCACACCCGUUGCAGGAACCACCCAAGACGAACGGCGCAGUCGAACGCCAAGUCGUUCCCCUCCAUCGGUGACCCUCACGAAGACGUCCCUCGCCGGCUUCCGACCAGCCCCGCCGCAGAGGCCGAUCACGGCAGCGCUGCAUCCCCCCUCUACCACACCCAACGAGGACAACACCACCAACCGCAACUAUAGGGCUUCUGCAGAGGCUGCUGUGCCAGCUGAGUCGCACAGCUCGCAGGGCCGACGCCCACCCCCGCUCUCUCCUCCAGAUCCCUCCGUAUCGUCCUUGUGCAAGCUCAUGAGCACUGCCGCCUCCACCACCACCACCACAGCAGCUCCAGCAGCCCCACAACCCCUUUUGCACAUCUCCCCCGCCUCCCCUCCGCUGAGGGCAGGGGUGUCGCCACGCAUGCUGCCGCGGCACCCAACGCGAUUUGAUCCUUCCGCCACCGCCUCCUUCUCCGCUUCUCGCGCGGCUAGUAUGAGCAACACGAUGUUGCCGUCACCAUCCCUGUCACAGCAGCAGGAGCAGCAGCAACCGAGUUCACAGUCCUCUCCGUAUGAUGCGCAGCAGCAAGAGUACCUUGUGCGGGUGCGGAGUGAAUCCUUCUCUACAGCUCCGCAGGCCGACAGUGAAGACCCUGCGCAAGUGAACGAGGAGGAGAAGACGCAUCCCUCGGGUGCCUAUCGUGGCUUCGCACCGAAGAGGAGUGGAGAGACGCACAUGCCUGCGGCGGGCGACGACGGCUGGCGCUCCAUUCCUCCUUCGCCACUGCCGUCCACGCUGCCCAGCGAUGGUUUCGUGGCGACUCUCUCGCCCGCUGCUGCGGCGCCGGACACUUCUCACACCCUGCCUUCCAUGGCACCAACCGAUGGCGUGUCGACGGGGGAGUCAACCGCGCAACCUCCGCUACCGGCUCCUGCCUUCUCCAACGAUGCUCCUAUUUCGCCAUCCUCUCUGCUCCCUAGCUCUCCACAUCAGGAACACUGCCGCUACCUGCGCGACUUCAGCGGCUUCCACAACGCCGGCAACGACUGCUACGGCUGCAGUGCGCUGACGAUGCUGCUGCGGAGCACCGUCUUGCGACGCGCGCUGCUAUGCUCCCCGCUCGUGACGGCGGUGCGCCGGUACGAGUCUCUGCUGGCCCGACGGCCGGAGAGACGGGUGCAGUGGACAAGCGGCUACGUCGAUACACUAACCCCGCAGGAGACCAAGAAGUGCAAGAAGCGCCGGAGGUCGGAGAAGGAGGCGGCGGAGGAGGAGGGGAUGGUGGCGGAGGUGUGUGGUCUCCCCUCUCUUCUUCUUAGUGACACGACAGCGACUCAGGCAGACAUGCCGAUCAGCGACGGCCCGACGAGUGCGGUGCAGCAGACUCUGGAUCUUGUGGAAACCCUCACCCUGGAGGAGCUUGAAAGUGUACUGCGUGUGGAUCUCGAGACCGGGUGCAUCCCGGUCACCCUUCACGCGGCGCUCGCGGCGCUGGCGCGGGCAGUGCGGUGGCGAGAGCACAUGACGGCCGUCAUCAACGCCUCCUCCACGUCUCCGGCAGAGCGGCGGUGGCUGCUGGAGGAGAAGAUCUACCACGAAAACGAUCGCCUCUUUGAUGGACAGGUGUACACCUACGGCAUUCGACUGAGCGCCGUCGCCGCGCUCUUCCAGGGCGAGUUUUUCUUAGGAGAACAGGAGGACGCGCAUGAACUGUUUGUGGCGUUGAUGGCGAAGCUCGAGGCGGAGGCGGUCGACUUCCAGAAGGGCUGCACGGAGGUGCAGGAGGAGCGACAACGCGCAGCACAUCGGUACGACCACGAAGGAGAACAGGAGCGAGAGGAAGCAGUGAUGGCGGACAGGACGGCUGCCGUGGUGAUGACGGUGGAGAGCGCAACAUCGUCUCCUGUUGUCCCCGGCGUGUCAACGCCACCUCCUACUCCGGCCAUCUCCACCGCCAUGGCGGACGCGUGGAUCAACUCGCUCGUGCAGGCGCGUCUGCUGAACAUCAUUCGCUGCCGCAGCCCCGGCUGCCAGCACGAGAUCGUCACCGACGAAAUUUGCGUGAACUUGUCGCUGCACAUACCGGAACAAGACGGAGAGGACGUCAAGACGGAGAGGAAUAGAGGUCAGCAGCAGCAGCAGCAGCAUCUGCAGAGUUCCUCCGCAAAGGCGGAGCACACCGCCGACCCCGACCACCCAUUGCCAGCUGAGGAAAAGCGUGACUACUUCUUCUUUCUCCCUCAUAUGAAGUCCACCACCAGCCUGCCCCAACCAGCGCCAACAGAGACGCCGCCCACCGCUGUCACUACUCGACCCUCUCCGCCGUGCAGCGUGGCCGCUCUCCUGCACCACUCCAUGGCCUUCGAGCCCCUCAGCGACUACCGCUGCGACGUCUGCGGGUCCAAGACCGCACAGUACCAGGGUGGCUGCUUCUACACCCGCCCCCCACCCGUCCUCGUGCUGCAGCUGAAGCGGUUCUCCACCGACUUUGUGGACGGCGCCUUGCGCAUUCAGAAAAACAGCCGUCCCGUCGCGGUGGGCGACACACUCGUCACGUACGCGCUGCCGAGCACGGAGGAGGAGGAGGAGCGUCGUCGGCGACAAGGGCGGCAGCCACUGCGCACCGUGGCGCUGGCGGAGGUGGCGGCGGAUAUGCAGGGAUGUGAGGUGACGAAUUCACAAGGAAGCACCGCGGUUGCAGCGGCAGCGGCACACGCGCAGUGCUUUUUCUACAAUGCCGAGGAUAAGCGCUUCACCUGCAUCUCGCAAUCCCCGUCACACGAGACGCCUGCUUCCACAGACUCAGGGGAGACGACAGCGGCGGAGUGGGUGACGGCGAUCCGCAGUGUGUACCGUCUGCGGAGCUGCGUGCUGCAUCUUGGUAGUAGUCUCCACUUUGGCCACUACGUGUCCGACUUCGCCGUAGACGGGGAGAAGGUGGAAGACGAAGGGGAAGGUGAGACGAAGAAUGCUGGCAACACCCGCCAUUACAGCAGCGCAGAGUCGGCGGAAAAUAUCGCGGCAGAGAGGCGCGUCACCGUGACGCCGUGGAUUACCGGCGGCGCUGCGUCGUCUGCCGUCGCGCAUUCUAUUCGUGACAGCGCUGCGGACCACGCGUCGCUGCAUCGCCGCUGGCGCCGUGCGAACGACGAGCGUGUGGAGGUGCUUGACGAGGCGGCGGUGCGGACACGUCGCGUGGGCCACGCCAACGUGUACCUUCUCUUGUACGAGAAGGUGGCGGAGGAGUGGGUGCGCUGCCCACUGGACGCGGUGCUGCCACGGCCGGUGUACCCCGCCGAGGAGGCGCAAGACAAGAAGGACGACGCAGCGGAGUGA